CCGUAGUGACGCUUAUUCCUGCAGCAGUGCAUUGUGGGGGAUGUGGGGAAAUUUCAUCAUGGCGGCUUCCAUUUCGGGGUAUACAUUUAGUUCGCUGUGUUUUCACAGCAGUAACAGCAGCUCUGAUCACGAAGGAUUUCUGCUGGGAGAUGUAAGACAAGAGGAAACUUAUAGCAUAAGUGAUGCACAAAUAGGCAACACAGAACUACUGCAAGUAAUAGAAAUUCAUAACCAUGAGCCGUGUUCAAAACUUUUUAGCUUCUAUGAUAAUACGGGUAAAGUCAAUCGGGAAAACCUGGAAAGAAUUCUUAAUGAUCGAGGAAAAAACGUUAUUGGUUGGUACAGGUUUAGGAGAAAUACUCAACAGCAGAUGUCCUAUCGUGAGCAGAUCAUCCAUAAACAACUGACAGAAAUUCUUGGAGUACCUGACCUUGUCUUCCUCCUCUUCAGUUUCAUCUCUACUGCCAAUAGUUCAACACAUGCUUUAGAGUAUGUGCUUUUUAGACCAAAUCGAAGGUAUAAUCAAAGGGUGUCCCUUGCUAUCCCUAAUUUAGGCAAUACUAGCCAACAAGAGUACAAAGUUUCUUCAGUGCCAAAUACAUCACAGAAUUAUGCCAAGGUGAUAAAAGAGCAUGGGGCAGAAUUCUUUGAUAAGGACGGUGUAAUGAAGGAUAUCCGGGCCAUUUAUCAGGUGUACAGUGCACUUCAAGAUAAAAUACAGUUUCAGCAAGCAAUGUUUAACAGGCAAGCACCAGAAGAAAAUGCAGAACCUAUUUCUGUUUCAAGAAUUGCCUGUUCUGGGUAUAUUAUGGAAGAAUUUGCAAAUGAAGAUAUGAGUGACUCUGAUUUUCCUCCUCCUUAUUCUGAACUUUUCAAAAAUAAUCAAAGUACUGCAAACCAAGUUCAUGUGGCAAGUAAUGUUUAUAUGCCUCGUCCACAAGCUGUGGGGUCUUCCAGCCAGCCCACCUCUAGUACAGGAUCUUUGACAAAUUCUGAAAAAGGAUUAGGGGUAUCAGGCUCCCAAACAGUACAUGGUGACAAUACUGAAGAAGUGGACGAGAGUGAUAAUGAGAACAUGCAUGAACCAACAGAAUCAUCUGAUAGUGAAUAUUUAGUAGGAGAAUCACGGCCUGUAGUAUGCCCUGAUGGGGACUCAGCAUCUACUCAGACUUCUCAAAUUUAAGAAGAAAAUACAGCACUAUUGUUCAUUUAUGCUGCAUAUAAAGGGGUCUGAAAAACUUUGUUAAAAAGGAGAAAAAGCAUUUCAAAUUCAGAAAUGUCAAGGUUACUUGCAAAGAAGAUUGAAGACUCCACAUUUAAUGGAUUGUUUGCCUUUUACAGUAUAAUAACUGCAAUAUUUGUAAUAGAUAUUAUUAAAAUGUGGGGCAUUUAUUACUGAAAAUGUAUUUUGAAGACGCUUCUAGUCAGAUGUUUAGAUUCAUAAGAAGUGGCAGCUGAUAGAUAUCAUGCUCAUUUUGGUACUGUGAGUCGAGCCUUUUUGGAGCAUGGCAGUUGCAAACAUGAACAUGAUCUGUUUCAUACUUUGAAGAAAUUCCUGUUAAACUAAGAGUAUUACCUCUUGUACUACUAAUUUGCCUUGAUGUGCAGCGAAUGAGAGAAUUCAGUUGACUGGCCUUUAAAAUGUCAUAGAGUUUUGUUCUCAGAAGAAUGCUGAAGUGUUUUAAGUAUAUAUUCUGAGUAGAGUACAAACUGCUGACUUCUAUUAGACUGCACAUUAUGUUGAUAUUAUUUAAGAUGAUGUAUUUUGGGCCAGCAUUUGACAGACCUUGUAAUUUUUCAUGCAGGAUGGUUGCCUUUUUUGUCUAAAAAAUACUGAAAUUAAUGUGCACCCUAAAUAGGAAACAAGUUUUUGAACACUGUAUAAUGAUCUUAUCCCAGUACUGACUGACUUUGCAGAAAAAAAGAAGAGUAUUUAUUUUUGUUGCACUUAAAUCCUCUUUUUAUUUUAUUGAUGUACAUUAUGUUGUUAAUCAUAAGGUUAAAUAUUGCACCACUAAUAUCCAGUUUUAUAUAUGUUAAUGCCUCUUUCUCAGAUUUUUAUAAAGGCUGCUUAUUUAAAAAAAAAUGCAUCUCAUGAAUUUCAGACUGAUAGUUUGAAAUUUUUCAGAAAUUAGAGAUGGUGCCACUGGAAAAUAAUUUAAAAUACAAAAAAAAGGAAACCGCAGAAAUUUGAAUGUUGCCGUACAUUGCUACAGGGUUAGCAACAAAGUGCUAAUAUAUAUAUAUAUAUAUAUUUUUUUUUUGAGAGUGGGUAGGUGUAAAUAGGAGAAAUUUUAUUUUAAUGCUCAUUUACCCAAUCCUUCUAUAAUAAGAUACAGUUGCAUUAUUUGUAAAAUUUAAAUAAAUACUGUUAAAUUCAUUCUAAUGACUAGUUUCAAAAUAUUAAACACACUGUCAUUCAUAUUUUAAAUUAAGGUUUCUUUUGCCUUACCAUGAAUAUGAGAACUUUAAUUUGCCAGAAUUAAACAUUACAGUCCAUGUUAA